AACCCGGAAGCAGUAGUGGGCGCUCGGAAGCAGCGGGAACGCGGGCCUCGGCGCGCUACGGCUGCGGGAUGGUAGGCGGUGGCGGGAAGCGCCGACCCGCCGGGGCGGGACCGCAGUGUGAAAAGACAGCUGAGGUAAAGAAGAGUAAGUCUUCUGAAGCCGACAUCUCCAGUGACCUCCGCAAAGAAGUAGAACAUCUUUAUAAGCUCUCCCUGCCUGAAGACUUCUAUCAUUUCUGGAAGUUCUGUGAAGAGCUUGAUCCCGAAAAGCCAGCUGAUGCACUUGCCACAAGCCUGGGUCUUCGGUUAGUGGGUCCUUAUGAUAUCCUUGCUGGGAAACAUAAAAUGAAGAAAAACCCCACAGGCUUGAACUGUAAUCUUCACUGGAGGUUUUACUAUGAUCCUCCUGAGUUCCAGACCAUUAUUAUUGGAGAUAAUAAAACUCAGUACCACAUGGGGUAUUUCAGAGAUUCUCCUGAUGAACUUCCUGUAUAUGUGGGUACAAAUGAAGCAAAGAAAAACUGUAUAAUUAUUCAAAAUGGAGACAAUGUGUUUGCUGCCAUCAAAUUAUUUUUGAUGAAAAAACUCAAAGAAGUAACAGAUAGAAAGAAAAUUAGCAUUUUGAAAAACAUAGAUGAGAAACUCACAGAAGCAGCCAGAAAACUAGGAUACUCACUGGAGCAGAGAACCGUGAAGAUGAGACAGAGAGAUAAGAAGGUUGUGACAAAGACUUUUCAUGGUGCAGGCUUGGUUGUUCCUGUAGAUAAAAACGACGUAGGCUACAGAGAGCUCCCUGAAACAGAUGCUGACCUGAAGAAAAUCUGCAAGGCAAUUGUUGACGCUGCAAGUGAUGAGGAGAGACUGAAAGCAUUUGCUCCCAUUCAGGAGAUGAUGACGUUUGUGCAGUUUGCUAACGAUGAGUGUGAUUACGGCAUGGGCCUGGAAUUAGGAAUGGACCUCUUCUGCUAUGGCUCUCAUUAUUUUCACAAAGUUGCUGGCCAGCUUCUACCUCUUGCGUAUAAUCUACUGAAGAGGGAUCUGUUUGCGAAAAUCAUUGAAGAUCAUCUGGCAAGCAGAAGUGAGGAGAACAUAGACCAGCUCGCGGGAUGAGCCUGCAGUGCUUUGAAGUGGGACCAGCAGUGGCUUUGUUUUUAAGGAAUGGAGAAAUAAAUGGAAACUUUAUUAAAAACU